AUGGCUACGGACAAUACGCAAGGUGAGAAUUUACAUGUCUCGCACGACACCGAACAGCAGAUGACUCCACACCAUAAAGAGCGUCCAGGCUGCAGUACAGUUAUGAAUACCACACAGGAACCGGUGACUGAACAAGAAGGGACCAUAUUUGAAACUGCUGGACCUUCCAAACCUGACUCUGAACGAGUUCUGUAUAAUAAAGAUAAGGAUAAAGUUCAUUCAUGUGUGGUAUGCAGUAAGACAUUCGAGACCUACAAUACACUGAAAUACCAUAUGACAGUCCAUCCUGAACAGGAAAUAUUUUCGUCUAAUAAAAAGCCAUACAGUUGUGAUGUAUGUAGUAAAUGUUUUAAACAAAAAUCAUCGUUGAAAGAGCAUUUGCUGGUACAUACUGGUGAUAAGCCAUAUAGUUGUAAUCCAUAUAGUUGUGAUGUAUGUAAUAAAAGUUUUAAUAGAAAAUCAACAUUGAAAGAUCAUUUGUCGAUACAUACUGGUGACAAGCCAUAUAGUUGUAAUGUAUGUAGUCAAUGUUUUAAACAAAAAUCAACAUUGCAACGGCAUUUGAUGAUACACACUGGUGAGAAGCCAUAUAGUUGUGAUGUAUGUAAUAAAAGUUUUAACAGAACAUCAACAUUGCGAGAUCAUUUGACGAUACAUACUGGUGAGAAGCCAUAUAGUUGUGAUAAAUGUAAUAAAUGUUUUAGCAAUAAAUCAAAACUACAAUGGCAUUUGAUUAUACAUACUGGUGACAAGCCAUAUAGUUGUGAUAUAUGUAAUAAAUGUUUUAACAAAAAAUCAUCAUGGCAACAACAUUUGCUGAUACAUACUGGUGAUAAGCCAUAUAGUUGUGACGUAUGUAAUAAAUAUUUUAGACAGAAAGCACAUUUAGCACAACAUUUGUUGAUACAUACUGAUGAUAAGCCAUAUAGUUGUGACGUAUGUAAUAAAUGUUUUAAUGUGAAAGCAAAUUUAGCACAACAUUUAUUGAUACAUACUGGUGAGAAGCCAUAUAGUUGUGAUGUAUGUAAUAAAAGUUUUAAUAGAAAAUCAAAUUUGAAAGUUCAUAUGUCGAUACAUAGUGGUGACAAGCCAUAUAGUUGUAAUGUAUGUAGUCAAUGUUUUAAACAAAACUCAACAUUGCAACGGCAUUUGAUGAUACACACUGGUGAGAAGCCAUAUAGUUGUGAUGUAUGUAAUAAAUGUUUUAACAGAAAAUCAAUAUUGAAACAGCAUUUGGUGAUACAUACUGAUGCCAAGCCGUAA